AUGUAUGGGUGGUUGUGUCGACAUGUUUUUGUCGUCUUGAAGGACCUAGGCCUAGAGGAUAUUCCCCCUGCACACGUCAUGCCGAGGUGGACAAAACUUGCAGUUAGGAAUCCUAUGUUUUGUGUUAUCAGCAACAUUUCAGAGCAGUGCGCACAAAUAGAUGAUAAGAAAUUCAUGAUGAAUAAGCUAUGGUCGGACAUACACAUUUGCAUGGGAUUGGUUGAAGUGCGAAUGGACUUAAUUGUUGAGUUUUUCAAACUCGUCGGGGACCACAAGCGCAAGCUCUUAAUCGAGGAAGAGGGUGGUUCGGACAAGACCGACAAGGAACAAAGUUUUGAGUCGUUUGUUGGUAUGUCUGUCCCACAGGAAAUACACAUACAGCCUCCGACACAAUCGAAAAACAAAGGAAGCGGGAAGCGAUUGAAGAGUAACAAAGAGAAAUCCAUUGAACAGUCGCAGAGUAAGAGACGUAUAUGCAAGACGUGUGGUGAGAGAGCGGGUCACAAUGCACGAACCUGCCCCAAAAAACAAUGA